ACUAUACGGACAAUUCACGAAGAAACAUAUGGCAGACCUGCCUGCUACGGUAUAAAUGACUUUAAUAUUACUCGCUAUUGUUCAUGUAGUAUCAUAUUGCGAGGGACAAGCAGGGGCUUCAUUCGAAGAUGUGCGAACGAGUUGUUCACUCGAAGGAAAUACAGCGAGAAUUUCCUUGGGUAAAGCAAAUCAAAUCGUAAAUGAAAUUGUCGCAAUAAGUAAUCUCUGUCAACGUGGAAACAAGACGUGGGAUUUAUAACAUUGGUGGUAUUUUAUUUGAAAACUGUUAUCCUUACCAAGUGAUAUAAAGGCAGCUAAAUAUCUACAUCUUGCGCUAUGAUUUUUCAUCGUUUCAAAGCUAUUUUUUGUUGAGUUUUCAAGGGAAUUCCGUCGACUAUUAAAUUGCGACAUCGUAUAGAACGAUUGUACGGGAAUAUAUUACUCGGCUAAAAGUACCAUCGGCUGUUUUUCCCUGCGACCUUUGUACCUACGAGAAUUUUUUACCGACCGGGUAUUGUUAUCGUACGGGUAAAAUCUAUCUACGAGCAUCGUUCCUGGAGGCGUGCAUCUCACGUGUACCUGUCAGAGGAAACCCCCAUUGGUCAAAAAUAUUUCGGCACAAGAAAUCAAAGGAAAAACCGCCUCAUUUAUUGUUUGUGUUGCAACCGAGCUGUCAAGUCUUGUCGAAAUGGACAGAGAUGAAAGCGCAGAAGGGCUUAUAGAUGGCCAUAUAAAGCCCCCGAAAGACAGGCCGGUUGUAACAAUUGUUGUAACAAGUGAAGGAACAAAGAUCAAAGAGGAAACUCCCGGGGUAACAAAAUUACAUGACAGAUUCAACCUUGUCUAUUUCAUCAUCGUACUACAAGGCAUUGGGACAUUGUUACCAUGGAACUUUUUUAUCACAGCACAUGCAUACUUCUUCGCCAAACUAAAAGGCACUCGUUAUCAACAUGAAUUUGAGAAUUUCUUUGCAUUGGCUGCAUUUGGACCCAAUCUUGUUGCAUUCUUUUUAAACACUAUGUUUAAACACAAGGUUCCCCUGAAGAUUAGAAUUCUAGUGCCAUUAUUUGUGAUGACGGGCAUAUUUAUUGUAACAGCAUCUUUGGUCCGGGUGGACACUGACGAAUGGAAAGGUAGUUUCUUCGCAAUCACUUUGGUAACAAUUGCGCUCAUCAAUGUAUUUUGCGCUGUGUAUCAAGGAGGUUUGUUUGGUCUAUCUGGCAUGAUGCCACCAAGAUACACCCAGGCUUUGAUGACAGGACAGGGGAUUGGUGGAAUCUUUGCAUGUUUUGCAGAUAUUGGCUCAAAAAUAGGAACUUCUAAUCCAAUCAGCAGUGCAUUUUGGUACUUUCUAACAGCAUGUCUUGUGCUUAUUAUAUGUAUUAUAUCAUAUCUUGGUCUGUAUAAGAUUAAAUUUUCUCAACAUUUUCUGGAAAGUCACAGAGAACAAGUUAAUAUUACAGGUAAAACAAGUGUACAACCAGAUGACUUCACUGAUUCGGGCAAACCAAUUUUAACAGGUGCAAUGGAGAAAGAUUUGCCAGAUUAUGAUGUGAAAGUUGAGAAAUCAAUGCCACCAUUUCUUUUGAUAAUGAGAAAGAUAUGGCGGCUAGCUCUAUCAGUCCUCUUGGUGUUUAUGGUAACAUUAUCUGUGUUUCCUGCAGUCCUUUCUGGUAUUAAAUCAGAAAAUCAUGGAGAUGGCUCAGAAUGGACAGGUAAAUUUUUCACUCCUGUAGUAUGUUUCCUUAUCUUUAAUGUUGGUGAUUUUUGUGGACGGGUAAUUGCUGGUUUUAUACAAAAGCCUGGUAAAGAUGGUUACUGGCUUCUUGGCUGCUGUGUAUCAAGAUUCGUCUUUCUUCCCCUUUUUGCAUUUUGCAACUUUAAACCACGAAGGACUACCCACACCCUGUUCUUUACGGAGGAUUAUUGGCCAAUCAUAUUCAAUGCUGUCUUCGCUGUCAGCAAUGGAUAUCUUGGUAGUCUAUGUAUGAUGUAUGGGCCUAAGUUGGUGGAAAGUAAAUAUGCUGAAACAGCUGGUACUAUGAUGGCAUAUUUUCUUGCUCUUGGGCUCGGACUGGGUGGAGCUGCAUCAUUUGGUAUCACAAAGACAAUAUAAAUAUUAUCCUUGGAGCGUUGUUUCUCGUUACAUGAAUAUACAUUAAACAUUCGUUGAUGAUAUGUUUUAUACUCACUCAUUUGCGCUCAAACGUUGGACAUACUGCAGACGGUAGUUAAAUAUACAUCACAAAGUGAUCUUCUGAAAUCAAAGCAUGGCUUGGAAAGUGUUUUAGACUAUUAUGAUAUUUGAAGGACACUUCCAUUUUCCAAAUGAUUAAGGGCCUCUCCAGGUGAUUAUUUUUCUCCUACACCUUCACUAAAUAUGAUAGUGAUGCAAAACACAGGCAUGCAAAUAUAUGAUAGCAAAGGGUAACCUUAAGCUUAAAGUCUCCAGGUACUUCGGAUUCACUGAAUAUCAUAUAUAGUUAUUCAUCUUCCUAGCCAUAUUUCACUAUGGACUAAGAACAUUGCAAAACACUUGGUCUUAGGUUAUUUCAAAUUACAUAUAAAUUAUUAUCAGAACAUAUUCAUUUCAGUCAAACCUUGUUUCAAUGCUUUCAAUGUAAGGUUACUAGUUAUUUAGUCUGUUUAUGACAAGUUGGUAAACAGGGACAUGAUUACAUGAU